AGAUACGUUACGCUACUAACUAGCUACACACUAGCAUUAAAGCCACGAAAAGAUGCGCCUUCACGGGAUUAAAACAAUAAAACAAACAACAAGAAGUCUGGAAAAACUUUACCCAACUGUGCCCAAACUUUGAUAGACCACCACCCCAAAUCACUUCCCUUCAGUUUCGAGUGUGUUAGCAUUGUUUUAUCUCACCACUAUUGCCGUUGGACGCGUUUUUUUUUUCUUCUGGAGCAGUCCAGUCUGAUGAAUUCACCGAAAAAAGACGGAGAUGAUGAUGUGCCCGUUAAAGACCCGGUAAAAUACGGCGAGUUGGUCAUUUUGGGGUACAAUGGCUCUCUUCCAAGCGGAGACCGUGGGCGCAGAAAGAGCCGCUUCGCUCUGUACCGAAGGGCCAAGGCCAACGGUGUCAAACCCAGCGCUGUGCACAUCCUCAACACGCCACAGGACAGCAAGGCUGUCCACAGCAGGGGGCAGCACAGCAUCUCUUUCACUCUGUCCCGUAACCAGACGGUGGUGGUGGAGUACUGCCAUGACAACAACACAGACAUGUUCCAGAUCGGACGCUCCACAGAAAGUCCCAUUGACUUUGUGGUGACAGACACCUCCGGAGGGGGGAAGGAGGGGGAGGACCCCUCCAUCGCUCCCAGCACCAUCUCACGUUUCGCCUGCAGAGUGGUGUGUGAACGCAACCCACCUUACACUGCACGCAUCUACGCCGCUGGCUUCGACUCCUCCAAAAAUAUCUUCUUAGGGGAAAAAGCAACCAAAUGGAAAAACCCUGACGGGCACAUGGACGGCCUGACCACCAACGGGGUGCUAGUGAUGCACCCUGAGGGGUUCCCAGAGGACCCCAAGCAGGGUCUGUGGAGGGAGAUCUCUGUCUGUGGGGAUGUCUACGCCCUGCGGGAGACACGCUCUGGACCCAGCAGGGGCAAACUGGCGGAGGGUGAGAGCAGUGCACUACGUGACGGUUCCCUGGUUGACCUGUGUGGUGCCACCCUGCUGUGGCGUACAGGCGAGGGGCUCAUGCGUGCUCCCACUCUGCGUCACCUGGAAGCACUUCGUCAGGAGCUCAAUGCGUCCCGGCCCCAGUGUCCCGUAGGCCUCAGCACACUGGCCUUCCCCAGCUUGCCACGCAGCCACAGGUGGGAGCCACACCUUGAAGAACGUCAGCCCUGGGUCUACCUCGCUUGCGGCCACGUCCACGGACGCCACGACUGGGGCCAGAGAUCUGAGGGAGUGGAGAUGCCAGGAGAGGGUGAGGGUUCCACGACCCGCCGAGAAUGUCCCCUGUGCAGGAGCGUGGGUCCCUACGUGCCCCUGUGGCUGGGCUGCGAGCCUGCUGUGUACGUGGACGCUGGAGCCCCCACUCACGCUUUUGUGCCGUGCGGCCACGUCUGCUCGGAGAGGACAGCCAGGUACUGGGCUGAGACCCCGCUUCCACACGGGACGCACGCCUUCAGACCCGUCUGCCCCUUCUGCUCGUCUGCCCUCAGCACCCCCGGCUGGACGCGGCUCAUCUUCCAGGGCCCCAUCGACUAGUCGCCACUCCUCAGCAACCACUAUUACAGUAACAGGAAGAUGCCUGAGCUUCAUUCGUGGUGCAAACGUUGGUCAGUGCUCAGUGUGGACGGGUAACAUCUUGAGUGUAAGGCUGCAUUCACAACAUAUCAGGCAUUGCGAUGGUCAGCUGCAGAGUUGGGCAGCAGUGUGGAUAUGUCACUUAAAUUUGUGGGGCAGUCUCAAUCUCACCGGCUGAGUAUUCGUCUUUAGUAGAAUUCCCUUUCGAUUAUCAUCACUGUAGUAUCUUUACCGCCACAAAAGACUUGAUGAUCACGAGAAUUAGGUAGGGAAGAAGAGGAUAUAUUGAUAUUGGUAUUGGUAAUCGGGCAAAUGAGUUGUUGCAUAUCUGCCUAAAAUCCAAUAUUGUGCAUCCCUAGAGUGAACACAGAAUAUUUGGUCUCUCUGGCAAGAACUCUAAAACUACUAAAACUCUUUGUUCACUUGAUGGAAAGAAAUCAAAAUGGCAGAUUUUACAAAACACACGACCCUUCCCUUAAAAACUUUACGGAAGAAACACAAAUUCUGCUUUCCAGAAUGUCCAGAGUAUUUCUCUCUGCAAGUCCUCUCCUUUGCCCCCUCCGUCACUCACACACUGAUGAGGAUUAGAUGCGAGCAGCUCUGAUUCGUGUCACGUGCAUGCCAGGAAACAUUUGGUGCAGCUGUGUUGUUGCUCUACAGUGCCAGAAGCAGGUUGUGGUAAUGAAAAGGAAAAAUAGGUGUGAAAAUUUGUCAUAAAGCAAGAGGAAUUCUGGAGAAUUGUGACCCCGGGGAUAUCAGGAGAGGGCGAUGACAAACACGAGUCUCCCGUGAAAAUCAGUUCGUUUGGCAAGUAUGACAGAACACACAAGCUUUCUCCUUUCUUUCACUCACUAUAAUAUCUAACAAUAGAAAGAGACUGUAUCGCAGGUAAUGUGUUUGCCGAGAUAUUGGGUUGCGUUUCUCCAAAAGAUGAUUGCUGGUUUAAUAUCCUGCAGCCCCACUGCUGUAGCUGGACGCACUACCCACAUUUAAAAGACUGGGGCGGGUGGCGAUUUUGCCGCAAGCCUGAUUUGGUGUGAAUGUAGCCUUAAAUAAACACUGUCCGACGUUGUUCCUGAAUGCAGGCUGAAAAAUCCUUCCCCUUGUUUAUCCUUGUGCUUGUUGAGAGGUAUGAGAUCUGGAGAACAGGUGAGAAAAUCAUGACAGAAUGAUCUCUACUGUCGCUGUGCAGUCCUCCGUCAGGGAAGAGUCUGCUGUUUUUCAUUCCAACCAGACACUACACAUUCACCAGUUACCAAAUCUUCAUUAAGAGGGUUCUUAUAAAUAAAACUGUGUAUACACAGGAGGUUAAAUGAUGCUGCUUCCCCCUUUUCAAACAAUCAUUUUCACUCCAUUAUCGAUCCAAACACUUUCGUCUAUCAGAAGCCAUGUAUGAAAUGACACGUAGCUUUUUGCACAUAAGAGAGGAAUGGCCUUUUUACUCAGUUCAUCUGCAGCGUCGGUGCACGUCUGCAGCGCCUGUGUGUCCUUAACUUGGUGAAACAAACACCACCUCUUGCACUUCUCGGCCUGAUAUCCGACCACCUCUUAAUUUCUAAAAGACAUUAUUUGUAAUCGUUGUGAAAUCAUCAAACAGUACAACCCAUCAGGUCUCAGCUGCUGCAGCUUCUUGCUCCCUUUAUAGAUUUGCAUGUCUUCCUUCCUGACCGGCUGAUUUAUAUUUAUAUUCUCAGCAGGCCACAUUCACCACUUGUAGUUAACGUGGGAGGUUACAAGGUGAGGUCAGAGGCUUGUGCUUCUGUUGAGUGUUUCAAGUUACUGUUGAUUCACAAAGGGAAACUUAUUAUCAGUUCUUAAAAUGAGUAUAUGCAGUUUUGAUCUUUUGUCUUCGUACAUCUUUUUAGCAUGUAAUCUAUGCAGCAUAGAGACCCCACAAAUAAGACCCCUCAUGUAGUAUAAGGUUGGAAUGAAAACCUGCAGACUCUGAUUAUCUCUGAAGCACUACACGCUUUGUGAUGGCGCCACAAAGAAUUCACCUCUUAAGGCCAGAUCUUAUCCCGAUUAUCAAGCAGAGCGAGGAUAAGCAUGGGCCGGGAGUGAAACUGGGUAAAAUCCACUUCAUAACUCUCUACAGCAAUAACAGCACUCCCAUAGAUAAGCUAGAUGUUGUGCUAUGUUUAGCCAAGUGUUAGGUCGGCCGUCGCUUUUAAACAUGGCUGAAAUGGUUUCCAGGUUAAGGGCUCAACCAGAGGUGUGUUCAACGUAAUGAUUUAUUUUUAUUUCCAAAUGUGUGUGUGAUAUAACCAAAGCACUAGAAUUUAAAGAUGAGCAACUGAAUCAGCGAUUAAAGGAAUCCUUCACCCCUCAAAUGGCAAUUUGUAUAUCAGUUACUCAUCCCGUGUUGCGGUGAGUUUGUGAAGAAAACCUUUGUGUGCAUGCGUCCUGUGAAUGAAGAAUCCUAAAAUAUAGAAAUUUCUGCACGUAAACUAUAUCAAAACAUGUUUGCAAAGUCUCACACAGCUUAUGCAGUAUAAUCCAAGCCUUGUCUAUCCAGUUGUAUGAUCAGCACUUCUCAAACACAUGCAUUUUCACUAACAUGUUACUAUUUAAAAUGAACUGAAAGUAAAACGUAUCUAUGCUCUCUUAAAACCAGACUCCAUUGACAAAAUCGAUCAGUUAGUUUGUUUGUGUUAUUGUGUGAGUUUGGUGUUUUAAAGGGUUGGUUCAGGUUCAGCAAAGUCACACAGAAACACAAACAAGCUUCCAAAUGAGGCAGCAGUAGACCAGCAGCUCCUGUGUUCAGUGAGGUAAAAUUACUGUUUUUGUCAAUGGAGUCUGGCUUGGAAAAUUUCGCUUUACAUUCAGUUGCCCAUGGGAAAGGGCCAUCUGUUUGGGAAGUACCGAGCAUACGACUGGAUAAAUGAGACUUGGGUUAUACUACACAAGGGAUGUUUUGAUAUAGUUUGGCUGUGGUUCGACAUGGCCCCCUAUCACUUCAAUUCAACGGCUUUAAUUCGUCAAGAAUUUUCCCGUUUUUGGAUUCUUCGUUUGACAUAGGGAAGCAAGAAAAACUAAAUUGUCUUCACAAAUUUACCUGAACACGGGGUGAGUGAUUCAUGUACAAAUUAUCAUUUGGGAGAUGAAUUAUCCCCUUAAACCUGCCAUUUAUUUAAAUUCAUUUUAAAGGUGUUAAAAGCCGAAACAUGCUGACAGAAAUUAGCGUGUUCAGGCUGCAGGAGAACACAGCAGCUGUUGUGUUAGUUUGAACACACCUCUGGUUACUGAAUUAAGCUAAACAGGGUCCAUGUUAGUGUGGUGGAGUGUCAAAAAGGUUUGACCUUGCAUAACCUCAAAAGAUAACCUUUUUUUUUUGUUUCAAAGAAAACUAUUUUGUAAGGAAAUGGGGUGGGAUUUAUUCGGGGAAACGGGAGGAAUUCUUUUAGAUGUUCAGUGUUUAAAAAAAAACAACAACUAUUUUUCUAACUGAUAAUUGGUUUUAGUUAACUGAUGUUACUCAGUGUAAGCAAGUUAUGUAUGUUUCCGAAUAUUAUCGUGUGGUAGAUCUAGGAGAGCUUGUGAGUGAGAAAACAUUGCCAACACUGUGUCCAACAAACACACACUUAACACACUGCUACCGUUAAAAAAAAAAACAUUGCCCAGACAAUGAAUGUAGCCAAAUACUCGGGCUAUAUUUAGCCUUCCCUGGUGCUCAUAUUGAAUGGUCUAUAUUGUGAUACUAUUUUUGUAACUGAAUAUUAUGGUGUAGCUUGGUGAACUAGCUCGAAAAAGUCAGAAUAAUUUCAAUAAUAGCCUCAAGUGUGGAAGACGUAUAAUUGAUAAUACACACUCACAUGGAAAUUGUGUCUAGCUUGCAUGUGCUGAACGUACACAUACAGUAUGUACACUACACGUACACUUACUCGAAACUUUGCACGGUUGAUUGCCAACCUGUUAUUCAUGCUGAGAGCGUUUGUCGCAGACCAAGAUGUCUUCCGAGUCCUCAGUUGUUAAAACUGCAGCAUUUAUGUUUUUUUGUUUUGUUAUAUUUUGGAAGACCUCUCCAAAAGAAAAAAGAAAAGAAAAAAGAGGGAGAGCCUAAAAAAAAAUCCUCAUACUUGAUAGAUGCGUGACGUUUGUGAAUGAGACCUAUUGAAUCCCACUUUGUACUACUAUGCUAAUAACUUCCACCAAACCAACUCACUGCAGAAAGAUGUCCACAUCCACACUUGUUUUCAUUUUGUAUUCAGACUAAUCACGGUGCAUUUCAGGCGAUUCAAAGCCAGCCUGCUGUUUUCAAAAUGCCUUGUGAAGUCUAAAUACAAGAUUUAAACUCCCUAUAGUGCGGCGGAUAAUUGACGUAGUGUUGAUAAUUACUGUAGCUCAGGAUUAGUGAUUUCAGAUUCGCAGCUGGCGAGGCCUGAAGGAAGCCUGGUAGAAGACACUUUGAGUCAAAAUGUUUCACAGCUGCAAAACUCACCAGCUCGAUGUGAGAGUAACCAUCUAAUACAAAUGCCAAAUUGUAGAGGGCACACUGUCGGGCAGAUUGCAGGUCUAGGAUCAGUCACAUACGGGUCUUAAAGGAAUACUUCACCCACAAAGUUGUCAUUUGUAUAUCAGUUUUUCACCUCAUGUUACAUUGAAUUCACAAAGACAACUUUGUUUUUCUCGUAUGCCUCCAUGGAACAAAGAAUCCAAAAAUGGAGAAAAGUCUUGAUGAACCAGAGUGAAUGGGGGCCGCGUUUAACAACAGCAAAACUAUAUCAAAACAGCCGUUUACAAACUUUCACAGUUGUAUGCCAAGUACUUCCCAAACGCAGGCAUUUCAUCAAAGUGUUUUAAAUAGUAAGGUUGUAUGACAAAAAAGUUCAGGCUGCAUAGUUUCAACAAAGUAGUAUGUCCCAACUGUACGCAUACUCCAUGUAAUACCAGGUUCACACUAUACGAGAUCAGCCCGUCUAUAGCCCGACGCAGCGUUGUACAAUGUCAGCUCGGAUUGUGA